UGUUCUCUGACUCUGCAUCCACUCUUUGAGCUAUUAAGCACAUCUUGACUUGAUUUCCACAAGUUUGGCUUCUCCUAGCUGAGGCUCCAGGAGGGAGGGAAUAAAAAGGAAAACUCUCUCUAGCGAAGGAAAGCAGCUUCCCGUCUCUGUUAUGGCCGAGGUGUGACGUGCAGCAACUUCCCUGUUGAGCAAUCAUCAAGAGACUCCUGGGGGCUAUAAGAUCCCCAUCCUCAUCUGGUUUCUCAGAGCCUCAGAUCUGCUCCCUCUGCUCACACCCAGACACAGACUGGGAGGAAUGGUACAGUCCACCACGCUCUGCUGCGACAAAUUCUCUUAGAAAGUUCCAGCAAUAUUUGUCAAGAUAUGGACUUUGGCCAAAGGAAUCUCUGAAAACCGUUUGUUUGUUUCUACCGGAUGCUCAGUCGUUCCAGCUGACCUUGGAGAUCUGAAAAAGCUGAAGUCAACUCUUCGAACAUCUCUUUCCAUAAUGGCAUCAACAAGUGAACUCUCCAGUUUCAACGUGACGUCCUCCCCCUUUUCGAUGCUAGAGGUCUACGUGAACAGCUCCUCUGUACCUCCUGCUCCCCUCUGCACAGGCUGGUCCCCUGUUCCCAUGACAACGGUGAUCCCCACUAUCUUCAGCAUCAUCUGCGUGCUGGGAACUCUGGGCAAUGCCUUGGCAGUGUACGUGUUGGCCUGUGGUAAUGCCAUGACAAGAACUGUGGCUAACAUUUUCAUGCUGAACCUUUGUGUCUCAGACCUGCUCUUCCUGUUGUCUCUUCCACUGUGGGCCGUCUACUACUCCGGGGGCUACAGCUGGCCCUUUGGCAAAGUGGCCUGCAAAAUCUGCGGGGCUCUCCUGAACCUCAACCUCUAUGCAUCUAUCUUCUUCAUCACAUGCAUGAGCAUUGACCGUUACCUAGCCAUUGUGCAUCCUUUCCUCUCGCAGAGGUCACGGGAUUAUGAGAGUGCCCGGAUUGUGUGCAUCCUAGUAUGGAUCCUGGCGUUUGCUUGCUCAGCACCUAACUUGGUUUUGAGAGACACCCACUACAUUAAAGAGAUGGAUGUAGAGGCGUGUGUAAUUGUCUAUCCAGACGAUACUUGGUUUCUGGCUCUCAACUGGAUGAAGGUCAUCGUGGCAUUCCUGCUGCCACUUGUUGGCAUCACUUGUUGCUAUUGGGCCAUUGGGAGACAUUUGUUGGCAUACAGACAGUCGGCAAGAUUGCAGAUUUCACCAACUCCUAGAAGCAGCCACUUUAAAUCAGAGCGACCACCAACUCCAACCGUUCACCCAAACUCCUGCACAGCUGAACCCAUGAUGGCCCAGGGCAUAGAGAGGAUUCUCUGGACAGUAGCUGCUGUUGUUAUGGCUUUCUUUAUCUGCUGGUUCCCCUUUCACUGCGUGACCUUCUUGGAUCUUUUGAAUAAAAAUGGAAGGCUGGACAGCUGCUGGGUAACCUGGACCAUCGCCAACCUGACCCCACUCACCCUUUGCCUAGGAUUCUCUAAUUCUGCCAUCAACCCCGUGCUCUACUGCUUUGUCGGUAACCAUUUCCGUGGCCGUCUCGGGGGUCUCUGCAAAGACCUGUGUGCUUGUUUGAAGGCCCGUGGAGAGCAGCACAGUCAGAAAAGAGGCUCUUUCAGUACGAGGCUGAGCUCCUUCUCUAGGAAACUCAGUGAUCUUCAUGACCUGGCCAUCGUGGGUACCUCAGGUUCCCCAUAGAAGUCCUUCCCCAUCCAAAAAUGCUUCCCUGCUCUGGCUUCACACUCCAAACUAUAAAUAUAAAAUGAAACUACCAGGCUAACGUCCUGAUGCAAAGAUAAUCCAGAGAGCUCUAGUUGCGUGUAAAAUAGUUCAUAAUAUUCAAGACGAUGCUUGUGAGAGGAAAUAUAUAUUACAAAUAUAAAUGACUAAAAAAGUUCAAAGCUUCACGGGAUGAAAUUAAGUCUGAUAAAAACUCUGCAGACUUAAUCCCAAACUUUACCCAGAAACGUAAGAACUACAAACAGCUGACUUUUAUGCUUUCAGAUUGUUUUCUUUAUUUCAUUAUAUUUUCUAAAUGCAGUUAAAUGUGAAUUAGAGGUUUCUUAUUGUUUGGUCUUUUCUAUGUGAAUAUAUGCUCCUAAAUUAAACCUGGUGUUCCCAUAGAUCCUACAGUCUAUUUUGGACAGUAGUUGUUGCUAAAUGUUUAUUCAUGACAAUCAUAUCAUUAUAUUGCAUCUUAUAGACAGUUUGUACUUAUAAGAAAUAAAGAGAACAAGUGU